AGCAGUACUUAAACACUGCUCUAAAAAUAUUCCCCUGCCAAUCCCAUUCUGAAGAUUUGAGUGAGAUAUGGAGUACAACAGCAGCAGUGAGAUCGUAUUCUGUCGCCUGGACCAGAGGGAAGAUGAAGCUUACAAAGAUUCCCCUCCUCAGCCCUGGGUAAAGAGCAUCAGUGCCCCCCGCAGGUUGGCCCAGAUCUUACUGGCUGCACUCUGUCUCAUGCUGCUGUGUGGCCUUAUUUCUCUGGGAGUCCACUAUGCUAAGAAAAACAACAGGACAGAUUACCUGGAGGACCAGGUCAGGAGCCUCUCUGCCUCACUGUCCUCUGCAGAACAGAGGCUGGCAGAUGCUGGGAAAAACGACAGGACAGAUUACCUGGAGGCCCAGGUCAGGAACCUCUCUGCCUCACUGUCCUCUGCAGAACAGAGGCUGGCAGAUGCUAAGGAAAGGGACAGGACAGAUUACCUGGAGGCCCAGGUCAGGAACCUCUCUGCCUCACUGUCCUCUGCAGAACAGAGGCUGGCAGAUGCUAAGGAAAGGGACAGGACAGAUUACCUGGAGGACCAGGUCAGGAGCCUCUCUGCCUCACUGUCCUCUGCAGAACAGAGGCUGGCAGAUGCUAAGGAAAGGGACAGGACAGAUUACCUGGAGGACCAGGUCAGGAGCCUCUCUGCCUCACUGUCCUCUGCAGAACAGAGGCUGGCAGAUGCUAGGAAAAACGACAGGACAGAUUACCUGGAGGACCAGGUCAGGAGCCUCUCUGCCUCACUGUCCUCUGCAGAACAGAGGCUGGCAGCAGGCUGCAUAGAGUGUGACAGUGGCUGGAGGAAGUUUGAGGGGAAAUGCUACUUCUUCUCCACUGAGAAAAAGAACUGGAUGCAAAGCCGCGAUUACUGCAUUUCAAAGGGGGCUCACCUGGUCAUUAUCAACAGCAAACAAGAGCAGACUUUUGUGAAUCCCCCUGGUUAUGAGACACACUGGAUAGGACUGAGCGACCGUGAGACUGAGGGAAGGUGGAUGUGGGUGGACAAUACGCCCCUCAGCACAACGGAAAAGCACCCGUGGUACACCAGACAGGAUGGACAGCAUGAACCAGAUAACUGGACCGGGGGAGGGGACCCAGACGGAGAAGACUGUAUCAGUCUGGAUUCUGGGUACACACCUAGGCCAGCAUCCUGCAGACAGUAG